AUGAUUGCGACAGUGGGAGUUAUUGUUGGAACAACUAAUUUUGGAUCAUCUUCAGGUUUAAAUGUUGGUGGACCAUUUACUAUAACCCAAUUACACUAUGUUUUAGCCGCGCCAACGCAGACAACUUCGGCGAUUGGAGCCGGUGCAACUGUUCCUACUAGCGCUGCUGUCGCUACGAAUCAAGCUGGUAAUCCUAUUACCAGUGCACCAGUCACUACUGGCCCAUCUGGCGGUCAAACGUCCGCUCAAGCGAGCUCAACCACCCCGGUUCCACCCACUACUGUAGUUGAAUCACAACCGACAGGUAAUAAUACAUGUACCGCCGCGAAAUCAGGAGAUUUCUUUAGUGGAUCAACAGUAGCAUAUGUUCAUUUUCUGGGAAAAUCUUUUAACUCCAAAUAA